AUGACUUUCGACCUUAAGAAAACACAAAUCACUCCCAAGCAGGGAAUUUUUGGUGUGUCACGCCUAGAAGUUGUUGGCAGCGGGCUGUUUACCUCCGCUGCAAAGUCCCUGAAGAUUUUAAUGGAGCAAUGGAUGAGCUACAAGAACGAGUGUAUCCAGAACAUCAUCAGCACUCCACCAGCUACCGGCCUGGUGUGUAACAGGACGUUUGACCAGUACGCCUGCUGGCCUGAUGGCGUCCCCGGCACCACCGUCAACGUCUCCUGUCCCUGGUACCUCCCCUGGUACCACAAAGUUCGGCAUGGCCUGGUGUACCGUGUCUGUGGACCAGAUGGCCAAUGGGCUCCAAAGACCAGCAAGAACACUAGCGAGUGUGAGGAGGAUGACCAGUGGUAUGGGCGGAUCCUGCGCAUCUUCAGGACCAUGUACACGGUGGGCUACUCUCUGUCUCUGGGAGCUCUGGUGCUAGCGCUGGCCAUCCUGGUGGCGUUCAGGAAGUUGCACUGCAUGAGGAACAACAUCCACAUGAACCUGUUUGCGUCCUUCAUCCUGCGCGCCGUGUCCAUCCUGGUCAAGGACGCGCUGCUGGACAGCAUCAACAGCAGCUCCGCCCAGCUCACACACACACACCACACGCAGCGCUGGGCCAACUCACAGAUGGUGGUGGGGUGUCGCGUUGCCGUGGUGAUGAUGCAGUACAGCGUGGUUGCCAAUAACUACUGGUUGCUGGUGGAGGGCAUCUACCUGCACAGCCUGCUGGUCAUCACCGUCUUCUCCGAGAAGAACUACUUCAACAUGUACCUCUGCAUAGGCUGGGGUGCGCCCCUCAUAUUCGUGCUGCCGUGGGUCAUCGUCAAGUACCUGUACGAGGACGAGGAGUGCUGGGAGAGGAACAUGAACAUGGGCUACUGGUGGAUCAUACGCUCACCCAUUCUGUUUGCUUAUUUGAUUAAUUUCUUCAUUUUCAUACGCAUCAUAAAGAUCCUGAUGUCGAAGCUAAAGGCGCAUCAGAUGCGCUACACUGACUACAAGUUCAGGUUGGCCAAGUCCACUCUGACUCUCAUUCCUCUGCUGGGUAUUCACGCCAUCCUCUUCACCUUCGUCAUCGACGAGUCCGUCCCCAAAGAGUCCCUCCUGCGCCUCAUUCGCCUCUUCUACGACCUGCUCUUCAGCUCAUUCCAGGGUCUGCUGGUGGCCAUAUUGUACUGUUUUGUCAAUAAAGAGGUCCAGUCUGAGAUGGUGAAGCGGUGGAAGCGCUGGAAGCUGGGCAAGGACAUCGAGGAGGAGUACCGCCACACGCACAGCCAGACGCCCCACGUCAAGAGCGCCAGCGUCGCCAUGGCCGCGCCCGCCGCCGACGACAACGACCUCCGCGCUGGCACUGGUGACCCCCCCGACCCGGACCCCCCGCCUGACCCCUCCCCCCCCUCCUCGUCCACCACGCUGCUCCGAGAGGAGAGCCAGCGGCUGGUGGACGCUGCCGGCCGCUGCGGGCGCGGCGGGGAGAGGGAGCGGCGCAGGGUGCAGUUGUCCCCCCCGCCACCAGAGGGCAACAGCCACAGCUACGGGAGCAGCGCGCUGACCGAGGACAUCUGCCUGGAGGAGAGGCCGCGCGGGUUUCACCACCACCACCACCGGCACCACAACGGUGACGCCGACAACCACAACGACGACGAGGACGGCAACGAGGACGACGCUCGACAGCGAAACACGGAGAGCUACCUCUGAGCUCCGACGCCAAUCGUGACGGGAGCGCCUGCGCAGCCCCUCCGGUUGCCACGCCAACGCCUGGUCCCGCCCACCUGUUGAGUGGUGAGAGCGAGAGAGAGAGAGGAAAAGGAGGGCGGGGCCAGAAGUGGAUGGACAGGAAGUCUGAGCAGAUGAACCAAUGGGGCGAGUUGUUUGUUCAGAUGAACCAAUGGGACGAGGUGUUUUGCGGGUGUUUGUUCAGCGCUAGAGAUGUUGACUGUGGGUGACUGCAUCCUUAUUAGGACAAAAACAGACAGGGACAUAUUUGUACUUCCUGAAAUGGAAGGAAAAUGAACGAAUGACUAAAUAAAUAAAAGAAUAAGGAUGUUCUGUCGGGCGACACAUAUUGAAGACCAGCACCUUCACCUCAUCGCAGAGACAAGACAUACGCUCCGCUGUGGCGUUAUGCUCUUCUUUUUAGUCUCUAAGCAGACGUUAAAGCUAAAACAAACACUGUGCAAAAGAGAUCGUUUGAGACCUUCGUUGCCAAACACAAACCUCAGUACGGUUCCAUGGUGUGUCGCCACCAUGUCUGAGGUGCGUUCAAGUUCACCGAACAUAGGCGAACGUUUGCGAACGUUCGCAAACAGUAUUCCGUUAGCCUCGAGUUUUGGCGAACGUUUGCUAACAAUCGCUAACAGUCUGCGGAGGUGGUGCGCCGAGAACAUACAGUGGAACUGGACGUGAGUUUGACGAAGGCAACAAUGCAAUUACUGUUAGAAUGGAAGGUUAACACCAAAUCGUUCAAAUU